AAGUGUGUUCGCCUGGCGGAGAGAUGAUAUUCCACUUUUUGAUCGUCUGGUGCGCAAUCGAGAGCAGGAAUCGGCCCAGAUGGUCAAUGCUGGCGGAGAGAUCAGCAGCAGGGGAAGGCGGCGAGCUUUCGACGAGCGAUUUUGGUGCUCGAUGAGCUGAAAGGCGGCAGGAUAUAAGAUUCUGUUAGGGUAGCCAGGGUAGCGAGCACGGCUUGUGUUGGUUUGUACAGGCGAUCGACGUCGACCGACCAGGAGUGGCGAUCGCGCUCGGCAUCGAAGGAUUUUCGGCGGCGGGUGAAUUGAUUUCGAGGAAUUCGAUCAGUACAGGUUAUGGCGAUGGCGUCUGUGAGUCCAUCCUUGCCGCUUACGAGCCAUGAGAUGACGCAAAGACUAUGGAGCAAGCCGUUAUGGAUAGGCAGGAACAGGUCCUUUCUCGCAGGUUCGGAUUGUAGAGGUUCAGGUGGCGUUUAUUCUGGCGUUGCGAAUUCCGUUGGGGUUGUAGUUGUAGGACCGGGGAGUGCGAGGAGCUCAUGUUCGAGCGAGGGUAUUCGCACGGGUUCCCUGUUUGUGCAGAAUAGAGUUUGUAGAAGGUUCGAUGCGCUUAGGCGACUGAACUGCGUUGGAAACAACGAGGAAAGCGGGACUGGUGAGGAAGAGGCGAAGCCGAGAGAUGAUGAUGACGAGGUAGACCAGGCGCUGAAUUUGGAUGGCCAAAUUCCGACUUCUUCAGAUGGUUUCUUGAAGCAGGUCUCUUCCAACGCGUAUGAUCUGCGAAGACAGUUGGAGCAGAACAUCGAAUCGAGCAGUUACGAUGUGCUCGAGGCUAAUCCGUGGAGGGAGUCUUCAAAACCCGUUUACGUCUUGGCUCAAGAUGAAAAUCGUUUGUUGACUAUGAGGACCAGAAGAGCCCGAAGUGAAGUAGAAAGGGAGCUGGGUAUGCUUUUUCCGAAGCGAGGUAGCAGGAGAGGUAGACAGGGGAGACCAAGUUCUCAAUUGCGUGAUGAUGAAACAACUGCUUCACCUACCGGUGCGGACACUCGGUUUCGAAUGUUAGUUGAGGACGUACGAGAAGGCGUGCUUGUUUUUGAGGAUUUAGAGGAUGCCACUCGUUAUUGCAGUUUGCUGGAUGGUGAAGGAAAAGGUUGUACAGGUGUCGCGGAAUUGGACGCAUCCGAUGUGUUUGCCGUAUGUCAAAAGACUCAAAGAUUGGCCGUGUUAUUUCGCCGUGGAACCACUCCCCCGCAACCUGAUCGUCUACAACUAAAUCUGAAAGCUCGGAAGCGAUCUUUGGAAGAUUAGUUUUGAUCAGUUUAGGGUCAAAUUGAUUCAUGAGAACUGUCUGUCAUGACAUUGAAACGCUUUAAUGGUGGGAGCUGGUCGAUUGUCGGUGACCUUCAGGUAAGCAAUGUCGAGGCCGGUGUAUUAUCUGUAUAUAGUAACAGGUCAUGCCUGUAUAUAAUUUGCCUCUGAAUCUCCUGCAUUUAACAGGAGUUGUAAGUAAUUGUCCUCCAGUGGAAGAUGUAAUAUAAUGUAAUCUUUAACAACGUAUUUAUAAACAA